AGGCCAUGGAUGAAGAUGGACUUGAAUUGCAGCCUCAAGAUCCAAACUCAUUUUUUGAUACAGGAGCCGAUGCAACACACAUGGAUGAUGAUCAGAUUGUUGUGGAAGUGCAAGAGACUGUUUUUAUCUCAGCUUUUGUGGAUUCAGAUAUAACUGUGCAUAACUUUGCUCCUGAUGACCCAGAUUCAGUUGUGAUCCAAGAUGUUAUUGAGGACGUUGUGAUAGAAGAUGUUCAAUGCCCAGAUAUCAUGGAAGAAGCGGAUGUAUCUGAAACCGUCAUCAUUCCUGAGCAAGUGCUGGACUCAGAUGUAACUGAAGAAGUUUCUUUAGCACAUUGCACGGUCCCAGAUGAUGUUUUAGCUUCCGAUAUUACGUCGGCAUCAAUGUCUAUACCAGAACACGUCUUGACAAGUGAAUCUAUUCACGUGUCUGAUGUUGGGCACGUGGAGCAUGUGGUUCAUGAUAGUGUAGUGGAAGCAGAAAUUGUCACUGAUCCCUUGACAAGUGAUGUAGUUUCAGAAGAAGUGUUGGUAGCAGAUUGUGCCUCUGAAGCCGUCAUAGAUGCCAAUGGGAUCCCAGUGGACCAACAAGACGAUGACAAAAGCAACUGUGAAGACUAUCUUAUGAUUUCCUUGGAUGAUGCUGGCAAAAUAGAACAUGACGGUUCUUCUGAAAUGACUAUGGACACAGAGUCAGAAAUUGAUCCUUGUAAAGUAGAUGGCACUUGCCCUGAAGUCAUCAAGGUAUACAUUUUUAAAGCUGACCCUGGAGAGGAUGACUUAGGUGGUACCGUGGACAUAGUGGAGAGUGAACCUGAGAAUGAUCACGGAGUUGAGUUGCUUGAUCAGAAUAACAGUAUUCGUGUACCAAGAGAAAAGAUGGUUUAUAUGACUGUUAAUGACUCUCAGCAAGAAGAUGAAGAUUUAAAUGUUGCUGAAAUCGCAGAUGAGGUGUAUAUGGAAGUGAUCGUAGGUGAAGAAGAUGCGACUGCAGCUGCUGCUGCCGCCGCCGCACAUGAACAGCAAAUAGAUGACAACGAAAUCAAAACUUUCAUGCCAAUUGCAUGGGCAGCAGCUUAUGGUAAUAAUACUGAUGGAAUUGAAAACCGGAAUGGCACUGCAAGUGCCCUCUUGCACAUAGAUGAGUCUGCUGGGCUUGGCAGACUGGCUAAACAAAAACCAAAGAAAAGGAGAAGACCUGAUUCCAGGCAGUACCAAACAGCAAUAAUUAUUGGCCCUGAUGGACAUCCCUUGACUGUCUAUCCUUGUAUGAUCUGUGGGAAAAAGUUUAAGUCGAGAGGUUUUCUGAAGAGACACAUGAAAAACCAUCCUGAACACCUUGCUAAGAAGAAGUACCGUUGUACUGACUGCGAUUACACUACCAACAAGAAGAUAAGUUUACAUAACCACCUGGAGAGCCACAAACUAACCAGCAAGGCAGAAAAGGCUAUUGAAUGCGAUGAGUGUGGGAAGCAUUUCUCUCACGCUGGCGCUUUGUUUACUCACAAAAUGGUGCAUAAGGAAAAAGGAGCCAACAAAAUGCACAAGUGUAAAUUCUGUGACUAUGAAACAGCUGAACAAGGGUUACUGAAUCGCCACCUUUUGGCAGUCCACAGCAAGAACUUUCCUCAUAUCUGUGUUGAAUGCGGUAAAGGUUUCCGUCACCCUUCAGAGCUCAAAAAGCACAUGCGAAUCCAUACUGGAGAGAAGCCAUACCAGUGCCAGUACUGCGAGUAUAGGUCUGCAGACUCUUCUAACUUGAAAACGCAUGUCAAAACUAAGCAUAGUAAAGAAAUGCCGUUCAAGUGUGACAUUUGUCUUCUGACUUUCUCAGAUACCAAAGAGGUGCAGCAACAUGCUCUUAUCCAUCAAGAAAGCAAAACACAUCAGUGUUUGCACUGUGACCACAAGAGUUCAAACUCAAGCGAUUUAAAACGACACAUAAUUUCAGUUCACACCAAGGACUACCCUCAUAAGUGUGACAUGUGUGAUAAAGGCUUUCAUAGGCCUUCAGAACUCAAGAAACACGUAGCUGCCCACAAGGGUAAAAAAAUGCAUCAGUGUAGACAUUGUGACUUUAAGAUUGCCGAUCCUUUUGUUCUAAGUCGCCAUAUUCUAUCUGUUCACACAAAAGAUCUGCUGUUUAGGUGUAAGAGAUGUAGAAAGGGAUUUAGGCAGCAGAAUGAGCUUAAAAAGCAUAUGAAAACACACAGUGGCAGGAAAGUGUACCAGUGUGAGUACUGCGAGUAUAGCACUACAGAUGCCUCCGGCUUUAAACGACAUGUUAUUUCUAUUCAUACAAAGGACUAUCCCCACCGCUGUGAGUACUGCAAGAAAGGGUUCCGAAGACCAUCCGAGAAGAACCAGCACAUCAUGCGACAUCAUAAAGAAGUUGGCCUGCCCUAAUGCCAUACUUCUACAGACGUUUGUAGAGAUUGGCCUUGAAACUAAAUCAUUUUAAAGCCAGUCUUGUUCACAUACAAUACUGUAUAUUGAUUUAUGCUGUGUACAAAUAGAAUUAUUACUUCUAGUUGACUUUUUUUUUUUACAUUUUGUUCAGUAGUGUGUUCUGAAUUCUAUUCAGUUUGUUUAAUAAAUGGGGGAAAGCAGAAACAAGCAAGUUGC